AUGGCCUUAGGUGACUUGCAUGGGGACUCUAACCGAUAUGACUGGACUAGCCUCAGUGAUGAACUCAAGUCAAAUUUGUCUAGAAGUGUUGCCUCACUUGCUUUGUGCAAUGGAGACAAAGUGUUAUUUGCAUGCUCAGGCAUAGCUAUAGAAUCCCAGGAGAAUCUUACAAGGUUCUUGACUUCAGCAACUUUGGCCAGAGCUUUCAUCAGUGACGAUAAAAGAAAAUUCCAUAACUUAAAGAUUAAAGUGCGCCAUGAAGGCAGUGAAGUGUACGAGGGUGUUUUGUCUGAAUAUGAUUUAGAUCGCAACUUUGCUAUUGUCAUCGUCAGCACCUCCCUCGAUGUUCAUGUUGGACUUUUCAAACAUAAGGUGGAAAUUCUGCCCCGUGGUAUGGUGCUAGCUUUAGGACGUGGCAUCUCUGGCAAAUUAGUACCCACAAAUGUGAUACUCACUAGUGAAGAUAAUGAAGCUCCUCUUUGGCAAAUGUCAGAGGUUUGGGAAGGUGGGCCACUUUUUACUUUUGAUGGGAACUUUGUUGGCAUGAACCUUUUUUUGGUUAUUGUAAGAGCCCAUUUCAUCUCAUGGGGCUCAAUUCUCGAUUGGCUGAAGUGUACAUCCCUGCAAAAGAAGACAAAGGUAGCCAGGUUUGGAUCCAGACCCACAUGUGACAAAUUGAAUGGCCAUUCAGAAGUGCACAGACCAAUACACAGAGAUGAUAUGACCAGCGGAUAUUGUGAGGAUCUAGAGUCCCUGGGUUACCCUAUGCCACAAAUAGACAUGGCUGAUGAUGGCAUGAUUUUGGUUAAUACUUUUGAAGAGACUUUUGGUGAUGCAUAUCGAGAAGGUGUCUGGGAUGAAUUCAGUAGAAGUGCUUCUUCUGACAUAGAUCGCUAUGUUGUCGCACUAGCUUCAUUUAAAGGAGGGAAAAGGCAUUUCGCAUGCACGGGUUUUUUUAUUGAAUGGAAUGGAUCUACUACUGUUCUGACAUCAGCGAGCUUGGUUAGAAGUUCUAGUGAUGAAAACAAGACUGAUGAAAAUUUGAGGAUUGAAGUGUUGCUUCCCAACAAACGGCGCAUAGAGGGCUUGCUAGAGCAUUAUAGUCUACAUUACAAUGUUGCCCUAGUAGGUGUCAGGGAUUGCCGUGUUGUUCGACCAGCAAGUAUUCAGCCUUACUGGUUUGGGUGUUCUAAAGUGGCAUCUGUAGGGCGUUCUUUCAUAUCAGGCGCAUUAAUGGCCACAAGUGGGCAGCUUGUUUCCUGGUCAGGCACACUUGACUGCAUGUGCAUUGUACGGUCAUCGUGUAAAAUCACCAAGGCUGGGAUUGGAGGACCCCUUGUUAAUAUGCUGGAUGGCAAAGUUAUUGGCAUGAACUUCUAUGACAAGAGAAUAGGAACCCCAUUCCUUCUGUGGAAAGAUAUUGACAACAUUCUGGCACAUUUCGUGGAAAAAAGUAAGGCUGGCGAAGUUGGGCGUGACGAUUGUGAUCCCUCUAGAGCCCGUUUCUGGAAAAUGGCUGGAGAUGACAGUGAUCGUCCAAGCAGGUGGCCUGUGCCUGAGCCAUGUUGGCUUCGUCCUGACGAUUUGGUUGAGGAUGAAUCUGAGGAUGAUGAGUUGGGAAUUGAACUCCCAAGCGGCCGCAGGAAGAGAUAUGGGUACUUAGGUGGAAGAAAAGUUAUAUUAUUCUAG